AUGACUUCGACUGAGAAGACACUACCGCCAUCCUCCCCAGAGAGCGAUGACAGGUCCAGGCUGUCAUCAUCAAUGCCGGACGAGAAAGUCAACCUGUCCGUGGCCGAGCCGGCGGGCGUCUUCUAUCGAUCAAUGUCUCACGUGUCCGGACCUGAUGUACUGGAAUCAUCCGCACCACAGGAGCCACCGCAGUCUUCUGGCCCCUAUACUGAAGCUGGAGAAGAAGUAUACGACCGCGUGUCCUCGCGCCGCAAACAUGUCAUCGUAAGCGUCCUGUCGUUUUGCGCUUUUCUGGCGCCCUUGUCAAGCACGAGCAUUCUGGCCGCCGUGCCCGAGGUUGCCAAGACAUACCACACAACAGGCUCCAUCGUCAACGUGAGCAAUGCGGCAUACAUGGCGCUGAUGGGUGUCUCACCCGUGGUAUGGGGACCGAUGAGCCAAGUGUUCGGCAGACGACCGAUGACACUGUUGACCACAGUCUUGUUCUUCCUGCUGAGUAUAGCAACUGCGCUUGCUCCGAAUCUGGCAUCCUUCUUCAUAUUCAGAGCUCUCUCGGCAUUUGAAGGCACGGCGUUCAUUUUGCUGGGAGCGUCCUGCAUAGGAGACAUAUAUCGGCCGACGGAGCGAGCAACUGCUCUCGGGUGGUUCAUGUCCGGCACGCUGAUCGGUCCUGCCCUUGGCCCUUGCAUAGGCGGCAUCCUGGUGACUUACACAUCAUGGAGGUCCAUCUUCUGGCUGCAGACGGCGUUGGCUGGUACAGGGUCGCUUGGUGUCUUCUUCCUUGUACCAGAGACUAUCCACCACAAGAAAAUUGACGACUUGGAAGGCUGCUCCAGGAAAGAAAAGGCCAAGGCUAUACUCCACAUGACGAGUCCCAUCCGUGUGAUGCGGCUGUUCAGAUACUGGAACCAGGUGCUGGUCGCACUCGCCAGCUCAGCGCUUGUGUGGAAUAUGUAUAGCUUGCUCACACCGAUUCCGUAUGUGUUGAACCCGCGGUUCCAUCUGGAGUCACCGAUGCUGUCAGGCCUCUUCUAUCUGGCCCCAGGGAGUGGCUAUCUGCUGGGGACGUUCAUGGGAGGAAGAUGGGCGGACAGAACCGUCAAGGAAUGGAUCAAGAAGCGCAAUGGCGUACGUGUUCCAGAGGAUCGAUUACGGUCCGCAAUCCCGUUCAUGGCCUUUCUCGUGCCAAGCUGCAUUCUUGUAUAUGGAUGGGCCAUUGACAAAGCUGUGGGUGGGAUUCCCGUUCCAGUCAUCAUGCUCUUUUUGCAAGGUGUCGGGCAGCUCUUCUGCUUUCCUGCCCUGAACACUUACUGCUUAGACGUAAUGCCUGGACGCGGAGCAGAGGUGACGGCGGCGAACUACUUUGUUCGGUAUAUGGCAGGCUGUGUGGGCACAGCUAUCGUUCUCCCGGCCAUUGAGGGCAUUGGUGUUGGUUGGUUUGAGACCAUUUCUGCCAGUUUAGUGCUUCUCUCGACGCUCGGUGUCCUGGCUACUAUUAGAUGGGGCAAGGACUGGAGGGAAAGGAUUGAUGCGAAGAAGAAGAAGUCAGUCGAAGAUGACGCCGGCGAAGCGACAGAGGUGGACGAUCGACAAGGUGAGGAGAAAGCCGCGGAUGGCGAGAAGCCGCGAGAAACAGUUUGA